AUGGCGGAACAUGAGAGCACCUUUAAAGAGCAGGUGGAGGGGUUGAUUGAGGAAGUGGACAUUGAGCCAGAAGGGGACAUCGAAGACACAGUCAUUGGGCCAACUGCAACACAGGAAAAGAAAACUGAGAAACAGAGGAAAAAGGAGAAAGCUGAAAGAAUUAAGGAGUUGCAAAGGAAGGCGGAACGUCGGGUGAUUGACAAGCAGCAGCAGUUGUUCCAAUUGCGAUCUAUCAGUGCCAACCUGAAGCAGGAACAGAGGACCAAGAUGAGACAGGCCCAACGCAAGGCCCGACAGGAGGCAGAGAAAGGCAUGCCUCGCCGACUGGGCAGACUCAAGAUCGUGUGA